AUGGCUAGUGGUGCAUAUGGAAGAACAAUGGAAAAAUCCAUCGAGACUAUUACGAAAAUAUCUCUCGACUCAAAUUUUGUGAAGGCAGAACCACAAGAAGAUAAAAUAUUUGGUGAAUCUACAACGUUUAAUAGUGAAUUAGUGAAAACUGAACCACAAGAUGCUGGAAUGUUUCCAACUGACUUGAUUAAUAACUUGACCUCAACGGAUGGCGACGAUUAUAACAAAAUCAUUGGUGAUCAUAGGCGAAAGAAGAUGGAAGAUGAUAUCGAUAUUUUUUACGAAGAUCUCAAAUGUGAGGUUGAUACUGAAGAAAACCUAUCAAACUAUAUGCGUGGUGAAGACUUGAACCAUGAUGUGAAGCCAUUUUUUUCGGAACCUGCUAGACAAGGAACAAAAUUGAUUGGUACUGACUCCUCUACCGACCCAAACUCAAUGAAUCACAACAAAUUGAAUGGUGAUCACGGACAAAUGAAGAUGGAAGAUAAAAUCGACAUUGUUUACGAAGAUCUCAAAUAUGGGGUUAAGAAUGAAGAAUACUCCUCUUACAAUAUUCCAGCUCUGGGCUCAACCCAGGAUGUGGACCCACUUCUUUUGGAUCCUACCACACAAUCGAACCUAAAGAAUCUUCCUGGUGGGGGAUCAUUUAGGUGUGAUAUUUGUUUGAAGUAUUUCGCUAAGUCUAAUGUACUGAAAGUUCACUUACGAGUUCAUACUGGAGAGAAACCAUUCCAUUGUAAUUUCUGUUCAAAGUCAUUUGCUCAUAGUACUAGUUUGAAGAACCACGAAAGAAUUCAUACAGGAGCCAGACCAUUUCAGUGUAAAAUCUGUUCGCAAUCUUUUACACGAAGUGGUGAUCUGAAAAUUCACGAAAGAAGGCAUACUGGGGACAAACCUUUUCAGUGCAAACUAUGUCCAAAGUCAUUCAUUCAAAAUUUGGCUUUGAGAGUUCAUGAAAGAACUCAUACCGGUGAAAAACCGUUUCAGUGUAACUUUUGUCCAAAGUCUUUCACUCAAGGUUAUUCCUUGAAAAUUCACGAAAGAAGACAUACUGGAGACAGACCAUUCAAGUGUAGGAGCUGUUCAAAAUCUUUCACUCACAGCGGUGAUUUGAAAGUUCAUGAAAGGAUUCAUACCGGAGAAAAACCGUUUCAAUGUACAAUCUGCCCAAAAUCUUUCACACAAUGUGCUUCUUUGAAAGCUCAUGAAAGAAGUCAUACUGGGGAAAAAUCUUUCCAGU